AUGCCUGGGGGGUUCGAAAAGUCAGUAAAGGGGGCCACGAAGCUCAAGCUUGCGGCCCCUAAAUCCAAAUACAUCGAACACAUCCUUGUGGCAACCCAUACCGGCGAGGCAGGAGUCGCAGAGGUAUUCAGAACGCUUCAACUUCGUCUCCGAGACUCAGCAUGGACUAUUGUGUUCAAAGCGCUUAUUGUCCUUCAUCUUAUGAUACGCGAGGGGCAACUGGACGCUGCGCUGGGAUACCUAUCUGACAAUCCACGGAAGAUUGCUCCCAGUAAUUUCUCUGAAGCGCAAUCACAGGGACAUAACAUCCGGCGCUACGCCGAAUACUUGAUAACACGCGCCAAGGCAUUUGAGGCCUCCAAGACGGACCAUGUGCGAAGCGGGCCUGGACGAUUGAAGAGGAUAGGCGUGGAAAAAGGUCUGCUGAGAGAGACGGAGAUUGUACAGAAGCAAAUCCGAGUGCUGCUACGUUGUGAACUCUUGUCAGAUGAACCGGAGAACGAGAUCAGCUUGACCGCAUUCCGCUUGCUCACCCUCGACCUACUGACACUAUAUUCGGUCAUGAACGAGGGCACCAUCAAUGUUCUGGAGCAUUAUUUCGAAAUGUCGCGACCGGAUAGUAUUCGUGCCCUGGCAAUAUACAAGACGUUCACAAAACAAACGGAAGAAGUGGUUCAGUUCCUGGGGGUCGCAAGGCAUUUCCAGUCUGCCACCCGCCUGGAGAUCCCGAAGCUCAAGCAUGCCUCCACAGAUCUGGCACGGCUCCUAGAGGAUGAUCUCAACGAUCCUGAUUUCGACCUCCGGCGACGGGAGUAUUUGGCAAAGAAAGGUGUUCCCAUUCCACCGAGCAUGGAAGCCACUGCGUCCGCCGAUACUGAAAAGCCGGCGCCGACGCAAAACGCGUCAAUGUCCAAUCCUCCCAGACAGCCCGAGCAACCCAAACCUGCGCCUGUGGACUUGAUUGACUUCUUUGACUCGAUUGAGCAAAACCAACAACCGAUGGGACAGCAGGCCCCAGUGCAAUACCAACAAAGCGGGUUCCAACAACCUCCGCAGCAACAGCAAUUCUAUCCUCAGCAGACCGGCUUCCAGCAGCAGCCCCAGGCGAUUUCACAGCAAGCACAGGCAACUGGGUUUGGCCAGCCGAACCAAUAUGGCGCGCCGUACCAAGCACAGGGCCCUAAUAACCCCUUUGGACAGCAACAAGCGCAAGCACAACCGCAGCAACCUCAGCCACUCCAGGCUAUGCCGACUGGAGCUGGAUUUGGUGGAUACACAGCGCAGCCACAGCAGUACAAUUACCAGUCGCAAUUGGCUCCUAUCCCGCAAGAAAAUGUUGCCUCUUUCCCUCAACAGCAGCAGGCGCCCGCGCCUCAACCCUUGCAGCCCCAGCAUACCAAUCCAUUCCGUCAGUCCAUGAUGGUCAACUCUUCCACGGGCCCUCCACCACCACCUGCCGCCCCUCUCUCUCGGCAAAACACGAAUCCAUUCGCCAAAAGGCUUUCUACUGCAAACCCUCAAUAUAAUCCCGCCUCACAUGACCAAUUCCAACCUCCCUUACCUCCGCCACCGCAGCUCCCACCAACACAAGUGCAGCCCAUUCAACCUCAGCGGACGGGGACCAAUCCCUUUGCGCGCAGCUCUCCCGCUCCUCAACAACCCGCAGCAGCUCCCUUGCAGCCCAACCCGACUGGGAGCACCAAUCCGUUCCGACAGAGCCAAUUUGUCAACCAGCAGACCGGACAAGGCUGGCAGCAUAGUGGACAGACCGGAACCAUGGGCGGAUUAGAACAGUUGGACACGAUGCCGAUCUUCCCGCGCCCCGGUAUGACCUAA